AUGCUGCUGCAAGCACCAACAGGGUUUUACUAGUAUUUUCCACGGCAUCUUUCGCAGAGCUCGUAGCUGCAUGUCUGAGUGCCUGCGAUGGCGAUUGAAGAAUACCGUAUGGGCAUAUAUAUAUGGCUGUCCGAUAAGAGCUGCGCUGUAAACCACUCCGAAGUCGAAAUCCCCCUCCCGUUCGUAGCCGCGUCAGGUCAAACUCCUCUCCCAGCGUUCGUAGCCGCGCGUUUCCGUCCUUCAAAAUCCCCCCGUCCGGCCGUCCCCCUCAGCAGAAGUUAUUAAUUAGUCCUCCCGCGGGCGUCCCGUGUCGUGUCGUGUCGCUCGCAAUGGAACGCGAGAGCGAUGCCGGCUUCUUCCACCACGACGACGCGCAGGUGGAGGCCAUGCAGCGGCGCGUGGACGCGGCGGCGCCCUUGGCCGACGACCCCUACACCAUCUUCCGCCUCCCCUCGGCCGUGCGCGAGCGCCGGCGCGACCUGUACGAGCCCAAGGUCGUGUCCGUGGGCCCGUACUACCACGGCCGCGCCGGCCUGGGCGUCGCGCAGCAGCACAAGUGGCGCCUCCUCCGCGACUUCCUCUCGCGGGGGGAGAAGGCGGCCGCCGCCGGUGGCCUCGGCGCGUACGUGCGCGCCGCGCGCGAGGUCGAGGCGGACGCGCGCCGGUGCUACGCCGAGGGGUUCGGCCUGGGCGCCGACGAGUUCGCGGAGCUGCUGGUGCUCGACGGCUGCUUCCUCCUCGAGUUCUUCCUCAAGAAGGGCGAGGGGCAGCUCGCCGCGCCCGGGGGCGCCAAGUGGGCGUGGCACCACAUGUACCACGACGUCCUCCUGCUGGAGAACCAGAUACCCUUCUUCGUCGUCGAGAAGCUACACGGCGUCGCCUUCGCCGGCGCCGACCGCGACCGCGACGCGCUCCUGGACAUCUUCUGCAAGGCCUUCGCCGGCGACCUCCCGUCGAGCCGCGUCAUCCGGCCGCGCAGCGACAAGACCAUCCACCACCUGCUGCACCUGCACUACGAGUGCAACAUCCGCAGCCCAGCCGCCGCCGACAGCGACAAGGCCCGCAGCAGCAGCUUCGGCGACGCCAACGGCGCGUCGCUGGCCAUCUGGAAGCAGCCGGCGAUCCCGUCGCCGCGCUCCGGCGAAGGCGCCGGCGCCGGCGCCGGCAGCAAAGGCCGUCUGACGUCGAUGAUCCCGCCGGCGGGCAAGAUGGAGGAGGCCGGCGUGGCGUUCAAGCGCAAGGCGGCCCCGCGGGACCUGUUCGACGUCAGCUUCCGGUACGGCGUGUUGCACGUGCCGGCGUUCGUGCUCGACGAGGGCGCAAAGGUGCUGCUCGCGAAUCUGGUGGCGUUCGAGCAGGGAGGCGGCCGCGCGGCGCGGCAGCUGGACGGGGGCAACCUGGUGACGGGCUUCGUGGCGCUUGUCGGGUCGCUCGUGAACUCGCGGAGGGAUCUGGAGGUGCUCCGCCGGUGCGGGAUCAUGCACUGCAUGCUACCUGAUGACGACGCCGUAGCCUACUUCAACCACGUUGUACAGUAUACCACCAUGGACUACGACCGGAACCUUCUCGCCAGCCUAUUCCGAGACGUUAGGGAGCACUGCCAUUGGAACAGAUGAUCGCUCUGCACCGUGCUUCUAUUUGGUAUUUGUGUAUAAUUACACUUAUUUGGCAUCACUGUCACUACUCACUACUACAUGCAAUGGUAAUUUAAAUGGGGAAGGCUAAAGAAUAAUUGAGUGAUUUGGAGGGGACAAACCUUUGAUU